CAGUGUCGCCGCUUUUUCAAUCAAAUAUGGCAGCUUCCUUUUGUGAGUUAGCGAAGUUGUUGCACUGAGUGAAAUAUUUAAAUAAACGGUAUUUGUAGGUUUGUAAAACAGAACGUAUUUAAUUUAGCUGAAACACCCGAAUGAAGUCUAUCAAGCAGUUUGUAGGUGUCACAUAUUUGCUAUAAUAAAAGCAAAGUAGCUGAUUGAGGUACCAUUUCGGUUAGCAUGAAGCUAGCGUGCUAACUGACUGAGAUCAAAGCGGCGAGGUCCAGUGUGUAUAGAUAUUAAGAAGGCCAUGUUAUCUGCACAGUGAGAGUCACAAAACAGCAGCAACAUGGAGCUUUCUACCAAGGAGGAGGAAACUCCCAGUGUGGUAGAUAUGACCACAAGUGAAAAGGUUGUAGAACUUCUGAAUCAGGCUGCCUUGAUACCAACAGAUGAAAAGUUGACUGUUCUCAAACAGGUUCAGGAGCUUAUCAUCAACAAGGAUCCAUCUCUUCUUGACAAUUUUUUGGAUGAGAUAAUCGCUUUUCAGACUGACAAGUCCAUUGAAGUGAGAAAGUUUGUUAUUGGAUUUAUAGAGGAAGCAUGCAAAAGGGACAACGAGCUUCUCCUCAGACUGAUUGCCAACCUGAACAUGUUGCUGAAGGAUGAAAGUGUGAAUGUGGUGAAAAAAGCCAUCCUCACUCUCACUCAGCUGUACAAAGUUACACUGCAGUGGUUGGUGCGCUCCAAAGCAGUAUCGGAUAUGCAGGAGGCAUGCUGGGAUUUAGUCACACAGAUGACGGGGGAUGUUCUGGCCUUACUUGACUCUGAGAACGAUGGUGUUCGCACUCACUCCAUCAAGUUUACAGAAUCAUUAAUCAUUACUCUGUCACCGCGGACGUCCGAGUCCGACAUCCCCAAACGUCAGGAAGGCGACAUCAGCCUGGACAAAGUUCCCAAAGAUCAUUUGUACAUUCGCUAUGAUGCUUUGUGUGAGGAGGGAAAGACUGCUCUGGAGAAGCUGCUAAAGUUCAUGGUCCAUCCAGCUAUUUCCAGCAUUAACCUAACCACGGCGCUGGGUUCACUGGCCACCAUUGCCCGUCAGAGGCCAAUGUUUAUGUCAGAAGUGGUGCAAGCAUAUGAGACACUUCAUGCAAACCUACCCCCUACCUUGGCCAAGUCUCAGGUCAGCAGUGUUCGAAAGAAUCUGAAGCUGCACUUGGUGGCAGUUCUCAAACAUCCAUGCAGUCUGGAGUUCCAGGGUCAAAUCAGCACAUUGCUGCUGGACCUGGGAAUGCCCCAGAGCGAAAUAACCAGAUACACACCUCCACCACGCGAGCAGCGCAAAAGGCCACGAUAUGAACCAUACACGGAGGGGAAAAAAGUCAAGAUGGAACCAGCUUUGAUUGAAGACGAUGAGGACAAAGAGGAGCCGGCCCCCCUCACAGUCCCCAAGCCAGUUGCUGUCCCAGUCACGCAGUCUGCCAUCGACCUCACAGCUGAGUUCCUGCGCCCAUUGCUGAACCCUGAGAAUGUAGCCAACCUGGUGCUCAUCAGCAUGGUCUAUCUGCCCGAUGUCAUGCCAGCAUCCUUCCAGGCCACAUACACACCUGUUGAGUCAGCAGGCACUGAUGCACAAAUCAAACAUCUCGCCAGGCUAAUGGCUACACAGAUGACUGCAGCUGGGAUUGGUCCAGGUCUUGAACAGUGCAAAGCAAGAGAAGAUGGCACAGUCAAAGAGGAGCUAAAUGAAGACGACCCUGCCGCUAAAGACAUUCUCAUCAAGCGCAAACUUCCGGCGGUGAUGGUGGGGCAAGCCAUCUCUGUGGUGGGAGGUUACGCAGAGAAACCUUUAAAUACUGAAGCUCCGACUGCAGUCAAGAGGCUUCCUGAGCCCAUCCUUCCUUCUGCACAAACCAAGAUGACGGGGGCAAGCGGGAGGAAAAAAGUCUUUCGGUUGUUGGAUGUUGUCCAGCCUUUAUCAGACACCCAGAUUGAGACUUUGACUUCGAAAGCGGUGAAGCGCAUUCUGCAUUCAGAAAAGGCGAUUGCACAGAGUGGGAUGUCGCAUGUCAGGGUUAAGAUACUCUCCAGGCUUGUGACACAGUUUGAAGGGAUGAUGAAAGAAGACGUGCUGGCGUUUAUUCUGGAUGACAUCAGGACCAGGAGCGACCUGGCGUUUUCUCUCCUCUACCAAGAGUACAACACCUACCUCAGCCAGCUGCCUUCAGGGCUGCUGGACAGCUACGACCACUGUCUCUACACUCUGCUGUCAGGCCUGCAGGAGAAACCCGAGCAGAGGGAUGGACUUUUCACCAAGCUGGUCCUGGAGGCUCCCCUCAUCACAGAAUCCGCACUGGAAGUGAUCCGACGUUACUGUGAGGACGAGUCUCGAGUUUAUCUGGGCAUGACGACUCUGAAGGAGCUCAUCAUCAAGAGGCCCUCCAGACAGUUUCAGUAUCUGCACGUUCUUCUGGAUCUCAGCUCUCAUGACAAGGAGAAGGUGCGCACCACGGCUUUGGGUUUUCUGAAGCGCAUGUAUGAGAAAGACCAACUCAGGGACUACAUAGAGAAGUUUGCUCUAAACUACUUGCAGCUUCUGGUUCACCCCAACCCUCCAUCUCUGCUCUUCGGGGCCGACAAGGACACAGAGGUGGCUGCCCCCUGGAAUGAAGAGACAGUGAGGCAGUGUCUUUUCCUCUACCUCUCCCUGCUUCCCCUAAACCACCGGCUGGUCCACGAGCUUGCUUCCGUCUACACCGAGGCCAUCGCUGAUAUCAAACGUAGCGUCCUGCGAGCCAUAGAGCAACCAAUCCGUGGUAUGGGGAUGAACUCACCGGAGCUGCUACUCUUGGUUGAAAACUGCCCAAAAGGAGCAGAGACUUUGGUCACUCGCUGCCUUCACAUUUUGACAGAUAAAGUGCCUCCGUCACCAGAGCUGGUGGAGAGGGUGCGAGACCUUUACCACAAACGAGUGCCAGAUGUCCGUUUCCUGAUCCCAGUUAUUAAUGGUCUAGAAAAGAAUGAAGUCAUUCAAGCUCUACCGAAGCUCAUCAAACUCAACCCGAUUGUAGUGAAGGAGGUUUUCAACAGACUACUGGGAACUCAGCACAGUGAGGGAAGUUCAUCUGUGUCCCCUCUUACCCCAGGAGACCUGCUCAUUGCCUUACACAAUAUCGACUCAACCAAAUGUGAUAUGAAGUCGAUCAUAAAAGCUACCAACCUGUGCUUCGGGGAGAAGAACGUGUACACAUCAGAGGUUUUGGCGGUGGUGAUGCAGCAGCUGAUGGAGCAGAGUCCUCUCCCCAUGCUGCUCAUGCGCACCGUCAUCCAGUCUCUCACCAUGUACCCCCGACUGGGUGGAUUUGUGAUGAACAUACUGUCGCGCCUUAUUGUAAAGCAGGUGUGGAAGUAUCCCAAGGUGUGGGAGGGAUUUGUGAAAUGCUGCCAGAGGACAAAGCCUCAGUCCUACAGCGUGCUCCUACAGCUGCCGCCGGCACAGCUAACAAGCGUGUUUGAGCGCUGUCCGGAGAUGAGGGCCCCUCUUCUGCAGCACGUCCACUCCUUCACACCUCAUCAGCAAGCUCACAUACCUGCCUCCAUCAUGGCCGUCCUGGAAGCAAAUAAAAAACCAGAGCCAAAGCCUGUGGAGCCAGUUAUGGACAAAGAGAUGGAGCCUGCUCCAGCUGUCUUGGUUGUAGAGGACUCUCUCAUCCUGGCACAGAAGGAGGCUGAGAUGCCCGUCCAUCAAGAGCCAGCAACCAUUCACGAUCAAGAGGAACCAAUGGAAGAAGAAGGGGCCAAUCCAGUGAUACAGGAAGACAAUACUGAUAGUAUCUCACAGGUGGAUUUGGAAAAAGCCCCAGAGACACCGAUAUCUCAUCCCGACCCAGUUGAGGAACCAAUGGAGGAGUCUCAGCCUGAGCUCUCGGACCACCAGGAGCCCGUCAGAGAUGCUGAGGCCACAGGAGCUGAGGCAGGAAGUGGAAGCGAAGAUGUAGAAUAAAAGAAGGCACUCAAUAAGUGAACAUUUCUCCAAAUUACCCACAGAUUUUCAGAAUUUCAAAAAAGUUUUUUGUUUUUGUAUUUUUGAGAACGGAGAUUGUGAGUAUGAAAUACAUUUGUGUAUGAAAGCUUCCACAUUCUUCAUGUCAUAACAAGUUGGCUAAUAAAUCAAAAUGCUUUACCAUCCAA